AUGUCUGCUAUUUCGGGAGAAAAGCCUAAAAUAUCCGUUGGGGAUCGACUCCCUGAGGACCUGUAUUUUGGAGCAUUAAAUGAAGGAGAGGUCGAACCUAGAAAAGUCACUGUGAAAGAAGUAUUCGGUGGGAAGAAUGUCGUCAUGUUCGGGAUUCCUGGUGCAUUUACAUCGGUCUGCAGUUCGAAACAUCUCCCCCAAUAUUACGACAGAUACGAAAAGUUAAAGCAGAAAGGUGUCGAUAUUGUUGCAUGUACUGCAGUGAAUGACCCAUACGUUCUUCGUGAAUGGGCACGCAACCACAACACAGCGGACAAAAUUUUAAUGCUUGCUGAUGGAGAUGCGACCUUCCAUUCCGCCCUCAGUCUCAUUCAACGGCUUCCGUUCGCCGGCAUUCGUAAUUAUAGAUAUUCCAUGUAUGUUAGUGAUUGUGUUGUGAAGAUUUUUAAUCUCGAAGAGCCUGGAGCGUUGAGUUAUAAAGUGUCUGGGCCGGACCGUAUGUUACAAGAUUUGGAGAGAUUACAGAAGGAGGGUAAAUAG